AUGCAACAGCCAAACCAGCUUCAGAGAGCGCAACGAGGACCACCAGGACCACCAGGACCACCAGGACCACCAGGAUCACCAGGUCAAGAUGGGCCACCAGGGCCAGCAGGACCACCAGGGCAAGAUGGGCCACCAGGACCAGAUGGACUAUCGGGGAGACCAGGGCUACCAGGGCCAAUAGGCAUACCAGGGAAUAUUGGGCCAGUGGGGGAGGCAGGGCCUCCAGGAAACGUUGGACCACAAGGGUUACAUGGAGAAACAGGGCUCCCAGGGCCACCUGGGCCGAAAGGGGAAACUGGGCCACCAGGUCUACCAGGACUACCAGGGCCACCAGGACCACCAGGGCGAAAUAUGGCAUCCCGAAUCCGAAGGGAAGCGAAGGUAACAGUUAUAGAAUGCAAAUUAAAGGUUCAGAUAAAAAAGAGAGAAUGUCCAAUUACCGAUGACCAUUAG